AUGGAACGAGAGUUGAUAUUGACAUAUGACUCAAAAGAUCUUCGUCGCAAUGAUGCUUGGUUUCUUAUUGAGACGAAAUGGCUUGACGCUUGGAUGAGUUAUGUACUAAGUGACGAGAAAGACAUUGACGCGACGGAGAGACCAGGACCUUUAAGAAAUGAAACACUCUUUGAUUACGAAGAAUAUUGCUUGCGGGACAAUCUAUUACCGACCAAAGAUUAUCGGGGAGUAAAUCCACAGGUCUAUGCACUCUAUGCGGAACUUUAUGGCACAGAUGAAACCAAGCCCAUUGUUCGCUGGAAGCUUGACAUUUAUGCGACUCCUGUCUUUAUUGACGACGUACGAGAGAUGCUGCAUGUCCCCAGCUUAAAAGCACGAUCGUUAGUGACAGAGAUGAUUGAGAACAUUGAAAGCAACGAGAAUGGAUUGCACGAUUUGAAUACACGAAAAAAAGAGCACGAAAGCUGGGCUUAUAGAUGCAUGUGCCGGUGUGAAUUUUUAAUUCCGUGUUUGAAUCGAUUCUUAGGAGGUGGACCGACUUACAUUAAAGAAAGAAACACGACCUGGUACGAUUCUUUCUGCUGUUGCAGAAGAGAGAGAAGACAAAAAUGUGAAGUCAAGAAUAUUGACGAGACGAGUCAGAAUAUUGAUGACACGAGUAGUGACGAAGAAACGCGGGGAUUGCUAGAAUGA